UGUAGGGUAGGGCUGGACUUUGGAGGCCUGGUGAGUGUCAGGGAGGAGGACAUGGGCUUGUGCAGGGGAGCCUGUCGCUUGAGUUUGCAUCAGCCAACAUAGGAAAGAGGCUAACUUACUAGAAUCUGCUCCUAAAAAACCCAGCUAGACCUGCAGUCGACUUCUAUUUUGAUCUGGACAUUUUCACUUUCGGGACAUGUGGUUAUGAGUCAAGAUUCCUCCUUCUGGACAUGGGACUUUCCAGAAGGACCACAGCUCCGUCCAUGCAUCCACUUGGCCAGGGAUGUGGUGGAUUUUGGUUGUUGGGGGAGAGUGUCUGCCUCUCCUGAGAAGGAUGGCCUUGUGGAGUCUGCUUCUCUGGGAAGUUCUGCUUCCCACUGCAGUUACUGGUGCCCAAAUCCAGGGACAGGUGGGGGGAUCCGUGCUGCUGGUGGCAGAGCGUCCCCCCGGAUUCCAAGUCCGUGAGGCCAUCUGGCGAUCUCUCUGGCCUUCAGAGGAGCUUCUGGCCACAUUUUCCCGGGACUCCUUGCAAACUCUAUAUCGCUCCCGCUUCCUGGGCCGAGCCCACCUGCACAGCAACCUCAGCCUGGAACUGCGGCCACUGGAGUUCGGAGACAGCGGCAACUUCUCAGUUCUGCUGGUAGACACAGGGGGUUGGGCCCAGACCCAGACCUUCCAACUCAAGGUGUAUGAUGCAGUGCCCAGGCCAGUGGUACAAGUGUUCAUUGCUGCAUCAGGAGAUGCCCAGCCCCCCAAGACCUGCCAGGUCUUCCUGUCCUGCUGGGCCCCCAACAUCAGUGAUGUCACCUAUAGCUGGCAACGAGAGGGGACCAUUGGCUUUGAUCUUGAACCACACGGCCUGUUCGAAAACGGACAGGUGCUGAGAGUUUCACUGGGGCCAGGAGACAAGGGUGUGGCCUAUUCCUGCAUUGUCUCCAACCCUGUCAGCUGGGACUUGGCCACAGUCACCCCCUGGGAGAGCUGUCACCGUGAGGCAGGGAAAACCUCCUAUAAAGACAUGCUGCUACUGGUGGUGGUGCCUGUCUCACUGCUUCUGGUCUUGGCUGGUAUCCUUUCUGCCUGGCACUGUGGUCCCUGCUCAGGAAAAAAGAAGGACAUCUGUGCUGACAAUGUGGCUCCAGAGACAGAGAAUCCCAUUGUGUAAGUCUGUCAUGAGGAAGGAUACAAGCUGAUGCCUGGAGCAUCAGGAGCCCCACUGCCCAGGCGCAUGAUUCUCUGGGACACAGUUGGUGCCUGGAAACUCCAGUGGUACUCAUGCCCCUUGUGAGACUCUAUCCUCAACUCCCAGGAACAUUCAGGGCACUGUCACAGAAAGCACGGCACAACCUUCCAUGUCCUUCCUGUCCCUCUCCUCAUUUUGCAUGUCCUGACUCUGCUCUGUGUAAAAGGAGCCUAACAGAAAUGUCCCUCAAAGACACUGGAAGUUGUUCAGGAUCCACAGGGACAUUGAUUGUCCAGGGCACUUGGUCUCCUUCCACUGUUUAUAAAGUAUUAACCAGCUGGCACCAGAGGAUUGCCUCCUGCCUGGGUCCUGGACUUUAAAAGACACUGGACAUCUGAACUAGCAGAGAAGCUCUGAGUCACUUACCACCAGCCUCCUUCCCUAUAGUUUGAGAUCACAAUGCUUCCUGAUACUGUAGGCAUUAUAGUAAGAAAAGGUAAAGGUGAGAGGUGGAAGACAGGAAUUUCUCUUUCUGGCCUGAAUGACUUUCAGGUCAUCUGAGUCAAUAGUCUCUCAAAAAAAAAAAAAAAAUUGCAGUUAUAGACAACCAGGGGAUGGUUGACAUCCCAAGGUUGGGAUGGAUGACAUUUUGCAGGUGACACCGUAUUGACAUCCUCAGCAUCUCCAUUGACCCUCAUGCCUCUUGCAGCAUCUGGAAGAGGAGGUUGAGGUUCUCCUCACUCUCUAGCACAGUAACCAGGAAAAGAGACUUUGAAUUUGCCCCAGCCAACAGGAAGUCCCAGCACAACUUUCUGCCUGAGACUAGGAAAGCGAAGAGCCAGGAGGAGUGAAGCAGAAGGAAAAUUAUAGAGGGGAAGGGUGCUGAGACAUCUGUAAUGGACUGAAUUGUGUCACCAGGAAAUAUCUGUCAACUGGUUAGACCAUGAUUCUCAGUAUUGUGUCAUUGUCCACCGUUUUGUCAUCCAAUGUGAUUUUCCUAUGUGUUGUAAAUCCUAUCACUAUGAUGUCAAUGAGAUGGAUUAGCAGCGGUUAUAUUGAUGAGAUCUACAAGAUUAGAUUGUGUCUUGAGCCAAUCUCUUUUGAGAUAUAAAAGAGAGAAGUGAGCAGAGACACGUAGCCUCAUUCCACCAAGAAAGCAGCCCCAGGAGCAGAGCGUGUCCUUUAGACCUGGGUUCCUUGCGCCUGAGAAUCUCCUCCACCAGGGGAAGAUUGAUGACAAGGACCUUCCUCCAGAGCCAACAGAGAGAGAAAGCUUUUGCCUAGAGCUAGUGCCCUGAUUUCGGACUUCUAGUAGCCACUAGACUGUGAGAGAAAAAAUUUCUCUUUGUUAAAGCAUCCACUUGUGGUAUUUCUGUUAAAGCAGCACUAGAUAACUAAGAUGGCAUCCUAGAAUCUGCCACAUUCAUUUUCAGAUGCAAGUGAAGAAGAUCCACCCAAGUCCAAGAAGUGAUAAAGACUCCACCACUCAAUGGAAGGAUUGUCAAGGUCACUUUGAAAGAAGAGCAUGUGGGAUGGAAGCUAUUAUUGUGGCCAUCUUUGAAAAAUGCAAUCUUCCAUGGAAUGAUACUGUCUAGAAAAGCUCUGGGCUAUUGCCACUCUGGAAAUUUUUGAUGAGCUAAACUUUCACUUAGAUUAAUAGCUGAUAAUAUUUAGGGUUACUCCCUCUCAGGAGUAACUAGAUUUUCCUGGGGCCUCAAAUCUUAGAAGGAGAGAUAAUAGAGAGAAAGGAGGUAUUGAGGAAACAGGGUAGGUUGUGAAAUAUUUUCCCAAGGUAGUUUCAAUCACUCCACUCAGGAUGUUAUUCCUGCCCAAGGGUCUCCCCUCUUCUCCCUGCUUCCCCAGAAGGCCACAAUGUCUGGACAAUUAGUUCAUCAUGGACAAAUGACCAGCACAACUGGCCUCCUAGGUACACAUUAUCACACUUCCAUUUGACUGUUCUGAAAUGUUCCUUGCCUCCUGGCUCUGCUUGGGGAUUUCAUGCUGGUCACCUGGCUUUGCCUAGCCCUUAUCCCUUUCCUGCACCCACUUCUCUUCCAUCACCUUCUCCUAAACCCACCUGAACAGUGCACAUGGCCACUCACCUGGCAAUUUGCAAUGCCCUCACCUGACACCUAGAGACAGUCCCUGUGCCUGGUCACUGAACACAUAAAACUGACCUUAGCCCCUAAAAUGAUGUGGAAGUGAAAGCCCAGGUCUACCAAUGAGCCAUGGAGAUUAUGUGGGGGAAGAAAACACAUGCCCACACCACUUUCCGCCUUUCUUCAUGCCCCACCUUAGGUGAGAGCAGCUCUAGAGGGAGUAGGUCCAGAGUUCUGUCUUCACCAGGUAUUUCCUAACAACCUCACUUAACAGUGGUUUUGUUGUGUGAUGCACUAGGGCCUUUUUGUCCAGAUCCAUGCUGCUCAAAUAAAUAAAUGUUCCCAUUCCCAGUGACUCAUUUGUUAACCAGUAGACUAAUGAGCCCUCCACCAAAAAACUGAAAAGUACUUCCAUGAAACCAAUUGUCAUGCUAAUGAGAACGGGAUUUGAGCUUUAAAAGUCACACAACGGUAAAUAUUGAUUGAAUUCUCAGCAUCUGCUGGGUGCGGUUCCAGGUACUGGGGAGUCAGUAGUGAACAAAGCAAAGGCCUUGUUUUCAUGGAGUUUAUAUUCCAGGUAAUAUAUAAAUAAACAAGUGAGUAUGUGUCAAGUGUUGGCAGGUUCUAUUAAGAACAAGAAAGUAAGCAAAGGGCUAGAGAAUGACGGACUGGGGAGGAAUGGUACCUUUUUAGGUACAGCAAUCAGAAAACACCUCUCAGGUAAGGUGGCAUUUGAACAGAGACCAAAUGAAGUGAAGGAGUGUACCAGACUGGGGAAGGAGUGUUUCAGACAGGGACACCAAUAAAUGCUACAGACCUGACGUGGGAGCAUGAUUGGUGUUUACAAGGAAUACUGGGUCCAAACAAGGGAGGUAUUCUGGAUUAAAUUGUGCCCCGACUCCCAAAAAAAAAAAAAAAUGUAUUGGAAUCCUACUGCCUAUACCUGUGACCAUAAUCCUGUUUUGAAAUAGCAUUUUCUUUGUCAUAUUAAUUAGACCAUACCCAAGGAGGGUGGGUCAAAAUCUAAUUAUUUCUGAGUUAUAAAAAGAGCAGAUUAGACACAGAGGCAUGUGCACACACGUGGGGGAGACAGAGGCUUGUAGGGGGGUUAUCUGCCAGCCCAGGAACAAGGAAUGCCUGGGACUACCUACAAGAAGGAAUCGACAUGGCCAAGACCCUGAUUUGGAUAUUUAGCCUCCAGAACUAUGAGAAAAUAAAUUUCUGUUUGUUAAAGCCACCUAAUUGUGGUAUUUCUGUUACAGCAGCACUAGCUAACUUGAGGUUCGGGUGGCAGGGAAAGCCCCAUGUCUGUCUGGGUGUCAGACCGAGAACCUAGGUCUGGUUCCUCCUGGGUUGACCUUGACACCAUUGUUUCCGGUAGGCUCGUAAUCUGACUAGUAUCCUCUCAGAUCUGCUUUUGCUUGUUUUCAUUUUGAUUUCCUUGAGCAAUAGUCUUUGCACCUGCCUUUUUGCACAAAGGACAAAUACGAGAGCUUCUAGGGCAAAGGGGCCACGUGACAUGAUGUCAGGGAAAAUGAGGAUGAAGUACAGCGAGAGGAAAGGGCUGGAGAAGGCUUUUUCAUCAAUGGAGACAUGAACACCCAGUGCCUUGUUUAAAAAAAAAAAAAAAACUACUGCAAACAUUGGUGACAUCUCUGGCCAAUCUUCCUUCCAUGUUUAUUAAGAAGUAGCACCUGUUCAGUUAAUUAGCACCUGGUUACUUACUGGUCCUUCAGGGGAAGCACCACCUCCUUCCAAAUGUGACUCCAUGGCUCCUUGAAUCUGUUCUGCAUGCAGCGUGAAGGAAGGGCCUCUAAAGCUGCAAAAUGCAACUGGCAGGGCUCCCAAGGAAGUUUUAAUGGGUGCCUCCCCUGGGGCUGUGCACUGGUCAAGGUGGGUCCUAUCCCUUUCAGUCAGAAGGGGCAGGCUGAGCACAUAAGUAGUGGGAAUACCCCACUACAUGACCAGCCCAGGCCCAGUUCCAGAGCCACCCUUCCAGGGAGAUGCUGGAACACUUGAGUGCCUGGAAGAGAAUGACCAGAAUGGUGAAAAACCUGGAAAUCCUAUCACAGGAGAUAUGAUUAAAGAAACGGGACAUGUUUAGCUUAGAACAAAAAGCUCAGAGGGAUAUAGAUCCUCAAAGAUCUGAAGGACUAUCACAAAAACCCAGACUGUGUAACUAGGGCCAAGUAAAGCUGUCACUGAGAGGCAGGUAUUGACUCAUAUGGAUAACUGGGUUUUAGAGCAGGACAAAACUUUGGAGCUACUCAUUUCCAGUUUUUUGGUUCCCAGGUGGGCAACUGAGGCCCAAAGGUUUCUAACAAUAAAAUACUUUUGGUGUCAUAGGCAAGAGAAUUCUGUUUUCAUAAAACAAAACUUAUAAUUUUAUUUCACAGUCCCUUUCCCUGGCCCAUGGUAAACACUAAUCCAGUUCCUGUCUCUGUGCAUUUUUCUAUUCUGGAUAUUUCAUAUAAAUGGGAUGAUACCAAAUUUGUCCUUUUGAGUCUGGCUUAUUUCACUCUGCAUCAUGUUUUCAAGGGUCAUCUAUAGCAUAGCGUGUAUCAGAACUUCGUUUCUCUUUAUGGCUGAAUAAUAUCCCAUUGUACGGAUACACUGCAUUCUGCUUAUCCAUUCACCUGUUGAUGGACACCUGGGUUGUUUUUACCUUUUGGCCAUUGUAAAUAACGUUGCAGUAAACAUUGGUGUACAAGUACCUCUUUGAGUCUU